AUGGGUAUUAAUAAUUCACGCUUAAAGGGUAGGAAAUUCAAGAUACCAAGUAUACCAGAGAAUGUGCAGACAAAAUCCAUCGAUGAGAAACUGCCGGACGUGAACCGUUAUUUAGCGAGCGAUAUUGAUUACGUUGAAAAUGUACAUGCAUUUCAUUUUGUUAAGAGACAUUUAUUUCAAAGUAAUUUUUCUUCGCCAAUUGAAGAAAAAAUAAUUCAAGGAGGAUGUAAAGUAUUGGAUGUUGCAUGCGGUUCUGGAACUUGGUUAUUAGAUUUAUCAUCUAAUUAUGAGGAUUCUCACUUUUUUGGACUUGAUUUUCAGGCAAUCUAUCCGCAAGAGAUAAAACCACCAAAUUUAAAUUUUAUCGAAGCAGAUAUAUUGGAUGGAUUACCAUUCCCCGAUAAUGAAUUUGAUUUUGUGCAUCAAGAUACAAUGACUAGAAUUUUACAAAAAAAUCAAUGGGAAUUCAUUUUAUCUGAGCUCAUUAGGGUAACUAAACCAGGUGGAUAUAUUGAAAUAUCUGAACCAAUUCAAACGUUUAAUGGCUAUGGACCAAUCAUGCAGAAAUUGUUUAACAGUUUUCAUCGAGAUGAAAGAAAGUAUAUUAUAGGACCCAAUGGUGGUAAAAUUGGGAUAGCUUGCCAAGAGGCAUUGGUAACGUUUGGUAGUACAGAGAUGACGAUUGAAAUUUUAAGUUCCGAAAUAGGAGUCUCUAAAGAAGAAUAUAAAAGGAUGAUAGGAAAUGGACUUACAGAUGAGUUAAAAAAAACCAGACCUGAGCUUAUUAAUUUUCGAUUAUGGGCUCAAAAAACGUAA